AUGUCCUUAGAAUCGGCAUGCCGUUCUCUAGAAGACUUAGGUGAACCUAUUCGGCGACUCUUGCUGCAGAUGCAACGGAAUUUAACUGAUGAAGAGCUUGAUGUUUUUACCAAAGUAAGAGUGCGUCAGCUUGCCAAGGUAUAUGAUAUGUUGGCCUUGGAAGAAGACCCUGAGAGAAUUUUGGCAUGGCUAAAGAAGGAACAUUUAAAGGCGAAAGGUAUUGAUCCGGAGGAGGUGAACGAAAAAACACGCACUAAAGUUUUGACAGAGGGGGGCCGAGAUCCUAUUGCAUACUUCAAAGAAAUUGAGCGGAAAAAUAUGGAGUUGAUGGCCAAGUUGAAGGAAGCACAGGAGGAACGUGAGAAAAAGCGGGCGGAAAACAUUGCGGAGCGACAGCGUCGGCGUGAGGAAUAUAGGGCGCGUGCCAUGAAAAAGAAGGAAGACGCAGGAAACGAAGGUGAAGGUUUGGAGGUUAUGAAGCCAGAAGAUGUCGCUGAUAUUCUGGGUGUUUUUGAACGAUUUACCUCGAAGCAAUCAACCUUUGAUAAUUCAGGUGUUGUUCAAGACAAUGAAUGGUGGAAGCGAGAUGAAUAUCGUUGGGACUAUGAAAAACAUGGCCUUAAGGGGAGCAGAUGGACUAGCGUUGUUGAAGGUGGAUCUAUGAGAGCUCCAGAGGCUGAGAUUCAAAUGCGUGAAGAAUGGUAUCGUGUACAGUGCUGGUGGAAAACGGAUGCUCAACGUCGAAAUUGGUUGGCGUACCGUGAUGCUGAAUGGUGGAAAGAAGAACCCUAUAUUAUAGAUUGGUUGGAUAAUGGUGAAAAUGGAUGUAUGUGGACUGCAGCAGAUGAAUUGUCUGGGUAUAAUCGUCGUGGAAAUCGUCGGAAAGCGGUCAGAUUAGAGCUGGAUCGUCGGGUGAAGUGGUACAACGCAAAUGGGCCUAAGGGUAUCGUAAAGAUUUGGUGUGCCUUGUCUGAAGGCAGCAAAGAGCAUUGUACAGUGGAGGAGAAAUAUGAACGUGAUGAUUAUUACAAAAAUGGAGAUUGGUGGAAAUCUGAAACCUAUGUUAAUUAUUUUUCUAACAAUCUAGAUGACUGCCCUGCACUACGGUUUGCUUCUGCUGCAUCUAUGGAUCAGGAAUGGUGGAAACAACCAUUUUUUCGAGCGGAUUUUGAAAAAGGUGGUGUUCUUUGGAAGACGUUAAAUGAGGAAUUAGCCGUACGUGGUAUCAAGGAUUUUGCCACGGAAGAAGAAGCUGAGAGGAGGAGAAAUUGGUUUAAAAACUAUUGGUGGAAGGGAGAAAAAAUUAUUCAAGAUUAUGAGAAGAAUGGGUCUGCGGGUAAGCUUUGGCAGGCUAUGGAUCCCAGGUCAAAAACCCUUGCAGAUGCUGUUCUUCUUCGUUCAAGAGAGGAAUGGUAUCUUGCCUGCCGUGAAACGGAGUGGUGGAAAGAGGGGAAGUAUGUCCAAGACUGGGUAAAUCAUGGGGAACAAGGCUUGCUUUGGACAUCAGCUUGGCGUACUGCGGCGUUGCGCGGGGAUGGAGAGAAUAAGGCUUCUGCAAUGGUGAUAAAAGAACGUGCAGAUUAUUAUGCAAACAAUUUCUGGAAACAAAACAAAUAUGUUAAGGAUUACAUGGCUUUUGGAGAAAAAGGGAUACUUUGGCGCUCUGAUCAGCCUUCUGCCGCGAAGGAUAGUGAUUGGUGGAAGAGUCCUUUUUUUUUUCGUCAGUGGCUUUUGGCGAACCAUGCAUUUCCUGGGGAAUUCUGGAAGGACACUGAAGUGAUCUCCGAUUAUUGGGAAAACAAAGCCGCCGGGAAGAAAUGGACUGCUUCAAGUGCUUUGGCGGCAAUCCUGGGAAGGGGCGAUGGUGAGGCGGCUUCUUCUGAUGAAUUGGCAAUACGAAAAAGAUUUUAUGAGAAAUAUUGGUGGAGACAGAGAAAAUAUUGGAACGAUUUCUGCGCCAAAGGUACAAAAUGGUCCGCUCUAACACCUGAAGGAGCCGGCAAAUGUUCUGCCGUCGAACUGAAAGAGCGACAGAACUACUUUGAACCAAGUUCUCUCGAUCGUGUAGUUCUUGGUUACCAGCGUUUAAUUGAGUUAGAUGCAGUUAACUCUGUAACUGGUCUCUUUGUGUCUUGUGAAGAAGUACAUUUGCGGGAGCAGUACUAUCAAAAAAGUUGGUGGAAAACACAGGCAGGUUUAACGGAUUACGCUUUCCAUGGUGAGAAUAGCCUUUACAUACGUGCUGCCUCGUACGAUGACGCUCGUGCUCUGGAAGGAAUCAACUGCUCCUCUCCAAUUGAGGCGGCUUCCAGAAUGCUGUUUUUUGACAAUGGGUUUCUUGAGUACAGCGCUGACCAUGAAUACCUCGGUGAAUUUAUCGCUGCAGCUGAUUGGUGGCAGGAACCGGUGAUUAUUGCUGAUUUUCUUGAGAAGGGUGAGAAUGGGGUGAAAUGGAAAGCGUGCAACUCGGCCAGUGGUACCUGUGGAUUUGCAGGGAAGGAUAGUGCCUCAACAGAAGAGCAAAAUUACCGCAAGACUUUCUACACAGCUAACUUUUGGAGGAGUUUGGAAUGCCUUCAGGACUUUCGCCAACAUGGCAUUAAAGGGAAGCUGUGGACGAUGAGUCGACCCUUCGGCAAAGGUGAGCGUGUAGAGGAAAAACACCUACUCGUUCGCGCUCAGGUUCUUAGCGGCUACCCCGAGGAUGAAUGGAUGGAGAACAUGGAAACCAAUUGGUGGAAAGCCCCUGAAGUAAGGGCGGAUUUCUACGCCAAUGGUGAGUCAGGCUGUAUGGUCAGUGCAGUAAACGCAUAUGUUGCUGUGGAAAGACUUGGAACGAAAAACGAAUACAAGGCAGAUGAGGCCGAACUAAAAAAACGUGUGGAGUUCUACCUUACACAUCCGCUCUCCCUCGAGGAUGGGGAAAUGUGUCACUUUCUUUACUUAAUUGAGCCCUUCUGGAUCACGCCUGAGAGCGUGGAGGAUUACUGGACAAACGGCUUAAGAGGCAAAAAAUGGAACGCCGCCAAUGUCGCUGCCUUCAGUUGCUCGUUAGGUGAAAAGUUUACUGCUACACCUGCAGAGUUGAAGCGACGCGAAGAAGUUCUUCAAACCGUCUUUUGGCGAGUUGCGGCAUACAAAGAGGAUUUCCUCACCCAUGGAAAGGAAGGCAAGCUGUGGAACAAGAGCGAAUAUGACGGUGUUGGGGACCACAUCAGUCAUGAGGAGGAGGUUGUACGCAUCUCUUACUACCUUCGCCUGUCGGAGAAGUACUGGGCCGAUUGCCGAUACGCGGCUGCCAAUUGGUGGAAGGCGCCUGAGGUGCGUAACGACUACAACAUAAACGAGUCUCGGGGUGGUUUGGUGGGCGCCGCCACCGCCGCAGUGGCAUCCAUGGGACUUUGCAAGAAUGAAAAUUAUGGCGUUUCCGAGGCGGAAAAGGAAAAACGGAUGUGCUACUUUAAGACGCAUCCAUAUCGCGAUAGUCGCGUCUCACAAACCCUUUUGAGUCGCGAGUUAGCCAGGAUAUCCGCCAUGGGAGAGUUGUUUUGGGUCCACCACGACUGUUUAGAAGACUUUUUCUUACAUGGAGCCCAAGGAACCGUUUGGUCCGCGGGGGAUGCUGCCGCUGCAAGCACAGGAUCCGCAAGGAGGUUCCGCGCCCACCUUGAUGAGAUCCGCAUUCGAGAGGCGUUCUUCAGUAAGUACUGGUGGAAGGCGUCGAAAUAUCGGUUGGAUUUUCUUCAAAAUGGAUUUGAAGGCCUGCUGUGGACAAAAAGUGAUCCCCACGGUACUUACAGGCAAGCUUCCGAGAGUGAAAUUCAGGAACGCGUGUGCUACUACGCCUGCGCCGGCCUUGAGUGUGAAAAACGUUUUGAGGAGUUUACCCUGUGUUGGUGGAAGUCCCCAAAUUCUAUUGCCUACUACAUGAUCGGAGCGAACGACAGCACGCACAUCAAAGCUUUCUCACCGCAAGUAGCGCUGUCUCAGCCCCGCGUUUUGGAUGGCAUGGCUGCCUCCUUGUCGUUGGUGGAGAAUCGUCGGCACUACAUGGUUUUGGUGACCCCAACAGACACCGCAGACGACAUCACGGAUUCGCAAAUCAUGUCCGGUGUGAAGUCUCAAAAUAACAUGUGGUGGAAAAAUGAGGCAUACCAACGUGCGUAUGACACCCAACGACCGCUGGAACACUGGAAGAGCCCGGUAUGUAUCUCGGACUACCUUAAUAAUGGUCCGAAGGGUAAGAUGUGGACUUUAGCUGGCUCUUUCUUCCCCACAAACAGGAAGGAGUUUUGCAGUAAAGAAGAAAUGAAGGAACGGGUUUUGUACUAUAAGAUGAACUUUUGGAAGUCCGUGGAAGCACGCAGCGACUACGAAUUGAAUGAUCUUAAAGGAACCUUGUGGAGCUCCUCUGAACCCAAUGGUAAGGGGAAACCUGUUUCUGGAGCCGAGCUUAAUGUUCGCAUGAACUAUUAUAAAUCAUCCGCCCUAUGGAAACUGGCCAUUGACCCUGGGACAGACGCGAAGAGUACAUGGUGUGGAUUUCAAGACGACCUAUUACGAUGUUUGUGGUAUGAAGAGAAUUGGUGGAAGUGCAUGGUUAGGGAUGACUACUUGACCCGUGGUCAGCAGAGCACGUUUUUGCGUGCGUCGAGCCUGAGGGGACUUCUGAGUGGGUCCGUGACUUCACGUGAGUGGCAGGCCAGUGAGGAGGAGGUAAAGCGGCGGAUCUUGUACUUUGGUGGCCUGGGCGAAAUUGAAUGGUGGCAAAAUCCCGUUGUGUUGUCAGAUUUUCAGAGGCACGAGGAGAGUUCCUUGUGGGAAGCGCGUACGUUUAAAGAGGCGCUGCUAAGCAUGGGAUUGGAAUUUCCCGCAGACCGCACGGAGUUGGAACGCAGAAAGCGUUGGUACCAUGCCAAUGGGUGGAAGUCGGCCGAAAUGGUGCAGGACUACGCCGCAGGUGGAAACAAGUGGAGGACCGCAGGGGCUUCUGACCCCGUGUUAUGCGAGGCGUGGAUGCAGGCGUACAAGCCAGUCUCAGCGGAGGAGCAAGCUAGACGAAAACGAUGGUUUGAUCACCAGCCAACGGAUGAACAACUGCAGGUUCGUCGUGCGUGGCUCUUACAGCGGUCGCGCGACGCUCGUCGCAUCCACUUUUCGGAGUUGGGUGACCUUCUUGCGCAGCUAAAUGACGGCGUCCACCCCAGCGAGGAUGAGAUUCGGGCAGUUGAGGAUGCUAUUCGCGCCGAGCAAAAGUAUUAUUCCAUAUUUGAGGGUGUCACUCAGCAGGAUGUUAUGAGGGCGAUGCAGGCCACAAGCUUCUACAUUGGGGCAACAAAGGAGGAACGGAUGCGGUCCGAGCAAGAGGCACUUGAGGCCCUUCAAAAGGAAGAGAUGGAUCGCUUGGAAGAGGAAGCAGCGCAUUUAGCACAGGAAGCGUACGAAGAGCUCCAAGCUGCCGGUGAAGAGUACGUUCCCUUUGACGAGGCAGCGGAGGCCGAGGAGGCCGAGUACCUUAAGGCUCUAGAAGAGGAGGAAGAUUCCAAAACGAAUCUCAACGAAGACGAUGUUGAAAUGACGUGGGAGUCGCACAAAGAGGAGGACGAGGACGAGGGUCCAGAGACUUCAGAGGAUAACAACAGUGGAGAGGCGAUGGAGAAGCGGCAGCGUACGUUGGAUGAGGCGUUCGCGACGGGGGAGUACGGCGGCGACGUGGGAGAGGAGGACACUGACGCUACGAAGGGGGAGUUGGUGGAUGACGUGAAGGCCGCCCUCGAGGACCUCGUCAAUGAGGACGGCUGGAAGGAGGACGAUGAUGCGGCCUCCAACUGGAAUGCGGAGCAGGAGGAGGUGGGAGAUGCCAUGACCGCUGGUAUCAGCUAUUUCGUGCUUCCGCUUCGCGAGGUGACAAACCCGCAGUACCUCAAGGGCUACUUCACGCUUAUGAGGUACACCCCAAGCGUCAAUUUGAUCAACACCAGCCGAAAGCGCGUCUGGGUAGUGGACCACUUCGCUCAGUGUUUCUGCAACCUGACGAAAAAUAACCGCAUUCGGAAGGAACAUGCCGCGAAAAUGUUGAUUCAGUUGGAGAAAAACGUUGUCGACAGGACGCGACUAAGGAUGAUGUUUUUUGAUGCCUCACACUCAUACGAUGUGCAGUUUGCAAACGCCAACGAGCGGGAGCGCUUCUACGAGACGGCGAGUGCCAUGCGCUCCAUCAUUCGUGUAUUUGCCCCGGACCUUGUUGGCGAGCAUGAGACGCGGUCACACGUCAUUAUUGAUGGCUCCGGCGACAACGCUGUGUCUGUGAUAUGCCUGGAUGUCCACUCCAAGCCUGUAAAGCGACAGUUACUGGGUGAAUGUCGCAUCAACGCCACAAGGCGCCUCACAGAGCAGAUCUCUAUUUGGUGCGGGACAUUUAACCUUUGCGGCCAUCACCCGCCCAGGAAAAGGGAGGAGCUCCAGCGAUGGAUGCCGCGGGGGAGGCACGACAUCUAUGCCAUCGCUGUACAGGAAGCCUCUUUUCGCCGCCACGAUGAUGAAUGGAGGGAGUAUGUGCAAGACUACCUCGGUGACGAUUAUCUUCCGGCUGCUAGCAUGUUCAUGUGGGAUAUUACGUUAGUUGUGAUGGCAAGCAAACGGAGUAUGUUGAAGCUUACAAAUAUCGAGGGUUCCACGCAAGCUACCACCAAUAAAUCAGCGUGUGGAAAUAAAGGUGGUGUGGUCAUCUCCAUGCAGUACCUGGAAACCUCCUUGUGUUUCUGCACCUGCCAUUUGCCGGCACGCAAUGAGCACUUUGCCUUGCGUAAUUCCAUGUUGGAGGAAAUUAUCGGAAAGGUUCGUCUGGGGGUUCCAGAUGCCGACGUCACAAACCAGUUUGAUCACGUAUUUUUCUUUGGAGACUUUAAUUAUCGCUGUGAAAUUGACCCCGCCAACGGAGAAAAACUAGCCCAACUGAAGGAUUACGACAAGCUGCUGGUGUAUGAUCAAUUUGUUAACCAACGGAGUAGUGCAGGGGUCCUGCACGACUUUGUGGAGCCAGCCAUCAAAUUUGCCCCAACCUACCGCCUCAGCAGUGAAUCCGCCGAAUAUGUUCUGAAGAGCUCCCCCAGCUACUGUGCCCGUGUGCUGUAUAAGAGCAUGCUUGAUUCGUGGAUAAAGUGUGUUGACUACACCUCCGACCCUGAAUUGAUGCUGUCCGAGCACAGACCGGUCUCAGCCACCUUCCUUGUGCGAUGCGUUCGCCCAGUGAUGUCUUGUUUCAUGAAGUCGCAGGAACCCGUCCCAGAGUUUACGUUUGACGACAUCAUCGUCAAGGACUACACCGCCGGCGUUAUUAAGAAGCCAAAGCUCUCUAUAUGUGCAGAUUUUGCGCCAAACACGGUGCCUGUUCUGUCGAAUGAGACGCACACAGACGCGCCAUGGUGGAAAAAAGACACGCUGCCUCGUGUUACCUCCGUCACACAGGUGCAGGAGUACCUUGAGACGCGGCGAAUUCUCCUUGUCAUUCUCGAGGGAGCCGAGAAGCGUGAGGUGAAACACAGUCGAGGAACAGGUGUGGUGUCACUAAAGCAGCGCGUGAUUGGGAAGGAAGACGUACCGGUGGAGUUUGACUCUGACAUUGUCUACUGCGGCAAAUGCGUCGGGAGGAUAUGUGGCUCAAUGACGUGGCAUGCUUUGAAGUCCCCAAACAAGGAGUAA